CAAAAUCAAAAAUCUUUUUUUCAGGUUGACAAAAUUGCCGAAUUGGUGGCACGAUGGUACUACUGUACUCUGAGUCAGGAGAAAUUAUGUCGACCCAUUGUAGCCUGUGAGCUAGGCAGGAUGUAUAAUAAAGAUGCCGUCAUUGAGUUUCUGUUGGACAAGUCAUCUGAUAAAGCUCUUGUGGAAGCUGCGUCGCAUAUCAGGAGCAUUAAGAAUGUUACAGAGCUAAACCUUGCAGAUAAUCCAGCUUGGAGUGGUGACAAAGAGAGUAUAAAAGGUGAUAAAUAUGAUGACAUCCAGUGUGCACGCUUUAUAUGCCCUGUGGUGGGUUUGGAAAUGAACGGAAGACAUAGGUUUUGCUUCUUGCGGAACUGUGGCUGUGUAUUCUCUGAACGUGCACUCAAAGAAAUUAAAACAGAAGUUUGCCACCGGUGUGGGGUUCCUUUUCAAGAGGAAGAUGUGAUUAUCCUUAAUGGUAAUAAAGAAGAUGUGGAAAUAUUGAAGAAAAGGAUGGAGGAUAGAAGACUUAAAAGUAAACUAGAAAAGAAAUCAAAGAAAUGCAAGUCAGCAGAAUCAACUUCUCAGCAAGAUACCAGUGAAGAGUCUCCAGGUCCAUCAAAGGUUAAGAAUGGAAAAGAUUGUAUCAAUUCCACUUCUAGAGAAAAGAGGCAGAUUAUAUUCACCAAAAGCUCAGAUAAUGGAAGUUCAUCUGUACCAGGAAAAGUCAAUAAAGGUUCUUCCAGUACCACGAAGAGAUCCAUUGCAGACAGUGAGGAGAAAUCUGAGGCGUACAAAUCUAUUUUUACAUCACACAGCUCAGCAAAACGCUCAAAGGAAGAGUGUUCCAACUGGAUUACUCACACAGCAUACUAUUUCUGAAACAAUGAUGUGCCUGAUUGUAACGUUCAUUACUACUUUCCUUCCCCAAGGCUUUUUCUGUACAACUCUGAUAAAGAACAUCUGUUGUAAUCUGAUGUUAUCUGGAAUUAUUCAGUUUGCAAGUUGUUUAUAAACCUGUGAAUAGCUAAUGAGCUUGUGUCAGUUGCAGCUUCUAUUAAAUAAGAGAUAGAUGAUCAAAAUCUGUGUUCUAUGAGGAAACCUCAUUGUAAAAUGAGAGAUUAUUUACAUAAAAUUGAUUUUUUUUUUUUUCUCCCCUGGGUUGAUGCUGUCACUCUAGUGAGGACACUAGACAGUGUCCUCAGUAGUGGAGAGAGAGGCUAGGAGGAUCUGCCUAAUGUUACCUGCUAUUGAUAUUUGCUGAAGCUGUAAUUGCAGUUUUCAUUCUGGUAGUCCAGAAAUCUAAACUUUUUGAAACUUUCUGACAAUAAGAAGAGCAAUAAUACUUUGUUUGUUUUGCUAGCUACCUGGGCCCUCAAUAGAACGAGUAUGCAUUUCUUAAACGUUCUGGAGGUACAUUUUCAAGUAAUGUACCUCUUGAUGGAAUAUAGGAAAGCGUAGCCAUCUUCGAAAUGUUUGUAAAAUAUUCUUAUUGUACAUAUUAUUGUAGUUUGCUUUUACUAACAGGAUAUAUACUUGUAGAUCAUUAUAUAUAAAUAUGGGUCCAUAAUUACAUGGCUAUUUUUCCCCAAAAAGCUUAGGGAUUUUGUUGUUAGUGAUGUUUGUUUGUUUUAAAGUUGAAAGCAUCAGGUCUAAGCUGUCCUACUUUUGUUAGAGGUUCAUAAUAGAGAAGAACAAAAGCAUGAGCUUCCUUCCUCUUCUGUUGAAACAGUGAGGUUCUGUGUGCAUGUCAGAGGAGGAAUUUGCCAUUCUGACCUGAAUUCAGGCUUUUCAGCUUAAAUGAAGAGUAUGAACAUUUGCACGGGGGAGGGAAAAUUAUGUCUUGUAACAGAACAGAAUGGCAGGCAGAUCUGAACUGGCUUCUUAAGGAGAAAGGAUUUGGCAUGAGUGUCACAGGAGUCAGAAACCCACUGGCAGCUGAUGGAGGGAACCCUUCAAGGCUGAAAUUAGCUUCUGUGAACGUUUCUCUCAUUCUGCAGGCAACUGAAAUGUGCUGCUUUCAGAACAUCUGUAGUACACAUUUUUUUAUUUUCUGACAUAAAAUUCUUAACAGAAAACAACUAUUUGACUUAAUUUCUUGUUACAGAAAGAUGCAAAGUGUGUUAUAUUUUCCUACGGUACCAGUUUUGCUUCUAUAUUGAUGCCUGUUAUCCUUGCAACUUUGAGUUGCAUAAAAUUUACUGUUGUCAUAUAACCAUAACACUUCAUGUUAAGCUGAACAGAUAUACAAAUGUUCAUUUUGCCAGUAUUAGAACAGAAUAACUUCUUAAUUUUAGUCAUCAUGUGUUAUCGUGGACUUUUUUUGGCCCUUUUGUUCUUAGACUUUUUCAAACACAGAAAUCCUUUUAAAGUGUUAGUGUUGCAUUGCAAUAGUUUUGAGGCUGAAUAAUAUUUGAAUCCAGUAAUAUCUGCAUGACAUGAUCAGAGGGGAGGCUGGGAGCUUUUCACCUUCCUUUCUUCCUCUUUUUAAAUUAAAAUCUGCUUUUAUAAUCUUGAUUCAAACUAACCAGAAUAGAAGGGCAAAAAAAGGAGGCUUUCAAAACCACUGCAUGAUGUUACAUUGUUACUUUUUUGUGUGAAAAUGAUUAAUUAUCCUCAUAAUUUAUUUUUAAAAAAGUGUCCCAAUUUAUAAUUGGCAAUAGUUAAUUGGAAAUUCAAAUGUGUUUAUACUUGCGUGGGUGGUCUUCAUGAUUCAAAUGUUGAAUGAAACUGUGGGGAUUUUAUUAUUAUUUUGAUAGAUAUAAUUAAAAAUUGGCUUGUUGUAGAAUUUA